AUGGCGCCCGAAACCGAAUUUUGCCGCGAAACACUCACAGAUAAUUUACCAUCUCCAUCAACAGAUAUCUAUGGCCUAGCAAAGAUCACUAUCCAACAAACUUUCUACAAUGCUGGCAAGACAGGUGAAUCUAUCAGCAAUCUUCUCGCCAGUGAAACGGAUCAAGCUGUGAAGAAUGCUCUCAUUGCUUGCCAAAAUGCAUACAGUAUAAUUCAGCAAUCAUUCCUGCAAGCCACCGUUGAAUUUGAGGAACAUAAUUAUAAAGUUAUUCCUGAUGUUGUGGAUGGCACAGGAAGAGCUUUGGAUAGUUGUCUAACUAGCUUUGAUGUUCCUCCACAUCCUAAGAAUCCUCUUGUUCAACAAAAUAAAGAAAUGAGGACUCUUCUUGCUAUGGCUAAUGUGUGUGGGCAAAGUAAUUAUCAAAUUAUUCUUCCUUUAUUAAUUCUCUUUCUCUCAAUCCACAAUGCCUCAAGUGACAAAACAACCCAAGAUUUGAUAAAUUACAUUUGUUAUCAAAUGGAGCAAUUUGGAUUUUGCUCCAAAACAUUCAAUGAAAAUCUACCAUCCCCAUCAACAAAUAUAAUUGGCCUCACAAAAAUCACAGUCGAUCAAGCUCUCAAAAAUGCAACCAACACGUUUAAUUUUAUUGAAAAUCUACUCAAGAAUACAACAGAUCCAGGAGUAAAGAAUGCUCUUAUGGUUUGUGAAAAAGGGUACAAAAUCGUGGAGCAAUCUUUUCAAGAGGCUUCAAGAGAAUUUGAAGCAAAAGAUUAUGAAAAUAUGAAAAGAUCAGAACAAGGAACUCCAAGAGCUCAAGGGAGUUGUGCUACUAACUUUGAAAUCCCUCCAUUUCCAAGUAAUCCUCUUGUUGAAAGGAAUAAGCAAAUGAGGAUUUUGAUUGCUAUGGCUUUGGUCACUGCAAAUCUUCUCAAAGUCUAA